AUGUUUACUAUUAUUUAUUGCAUAUUUGCCUCCAUUUUUAUUUUUUAUACCCCUGUCAAGGGAGAUGGAUAUAUAUGCGAUUUUUCUGCAGAAAAAUUUAAUAUAGACUUUGACGAUUAUUAUGAUGAUGUAAUAUGUGAGCAUGAAAUAGGAAAUGGAGAUAGUAUAGGGAUAAUUAUACCAAGAUAUAAAGAUGAGAAUGGGUAUAUAAAUGUAAAAUCAAAAUGCUUUGAUGAAAUAUCUUUAAACAUAUUCGGAGAUCGAAUUACGUCAAUAUAUGAUUUAUAUGGUAAAGACGAAAUUAGUAUAUCUAAUGAAAAUAAGUUGCAUAAUAGUGAAUAUAGAUCCUCUAUAUUACAACUUAAGAAUGUAAAUAAAAAUAAUCGUAUUUAUUGUGUUUUUGAAAAUACAAAUGAAAAUGGAGUAUUAAUUCAUAAAGGGAUAACAAAAAUUUCAAUUGAAAAUAAUAUUAGUAAAAAAGAGGAUAGUAUAUCCAACACACAUGUUAUUGAUUUAUUUAAUAAAAUAGAUUUAAAUGUAGAUAAUUCUAAUAAUAAAUAUGAUAUUGAAACAAAACCAGGAGACAUUCUAUAUAUGUUAGGAACAAAUUUAUUAAAAAAUGAAUAUAUAUAUUUUGAUGAUAAUUGUGCAAUUCCUUUUGAAAUAAUUGGACAAAUUUAUAAAUAUGUAUUCCCAAUAAUAAAUGAAAAAGAUAUUACAUAUACAUGUUCAAUGUAUAUUAAUAAAGAUGAAAAUAAAACAAACAUCGGGACAUUAAAUAUCACAUUUAAACAACAAUAUCCUAGUAUUAGUACUAUUAGUAAAGAUGUUUUGAAAAAAUAUAUAAAAUAUGAUGUAGAUAAAAAAUUAAAUAAAAUAUUAUUUGGGAUCCAAGAUGAUGGCUCUAAUAAUGUUAAAUAUGCUGAACAAGGAAUAGACGUAAAUAAAGGACGUACAUCAAAUUCCCAAGGAACAAAUAUUGAUAAAGAUCAUUGUAAUAAUAAUACAUGUGUUGAACUAUUUAGCAAAUCAAAAUGUUCAUCUAUGUGUGGAAAUGGAUAUAGAUUAAUGGAAGGAUAUAAUAUAAAAUACGAUACACAAUCAGUUAUUCCAUGUAAUAAUGGGGAGUGUACAAUCGAAGAUGAAGUCGAACCAUUUAUUAUUUUUGCAUGGGCAUCUAUAGUUUUUUUCUGUAUUAUGAUUGCAAUUCUUAUUAUCACUAUAUAUUUCAUUCAAGAGAAAAAUAAAACAAAAAAAGUAAAACCUUCUGACCCUUUCAUUUCUUACGAUACAAAUAUUAAAUGA